AUGCGAGAUAUCUCUUUUCAAUUGAAAUCCUUUGAGAAUAUGCAGAAAAAGGUACAUGAAGUAAAGAGUAGCCAAAAGCCAGAGACUCUUGAUCGUAAGCCAGCACGGCCCCAUCACACUAGUGCUCUUUUACAAGCUAGGUUCAACAUGUUAGUGCCCCCUGCUAACUUUGGUAUAGCCGAAGAGGGAAUAUAUAGGUGCUCUAAAGUGGAAACGUUAAAUUUAUCCUUUUUGGAAACUCUAAAUUUAAAGACUGUUAUAUUCAUUGGAGGCCAGGAGCCAUCUAAAUUCUUCAAGGAUUUCUUCACGAGGUCAUCUAUCAAAUGGAUCGUUUUGAGAAUGUCCGAUUUCUCAGCAGCAGCAGUUCCGGUAAAAAGCUCUCCAGCACCCAAUGAGAAUUUGUAUCCAAACAACGAUAGUAAUCAGUCACUACUGGAUAAAAAGAAGACAGAAAAUUCAAGAGCAUUCCAAAAUUCUAGAACAGAUCCUAUGAUUCGAGACGAAGUGUCGUAUCAUUUGUCAGACAAUGAUGACUUAAUGUUAAUCAAGAGCACAUGCUUAAAAAGAACGUUCAAAACAUUAUUAAAUAUUGAUAAUUACAGCGUUUUACUGGUGGACAAGACUGCAUUGGUUAUAGGGAUACUUCGAAAAAUUCAGAAAUGGAAUAUCGCAUCAAUAAUAAAUGAAUACAGGCUAUUUUCAGGUAAAAAUAGAAAUUAUUUCGCGGAAACUUUUUUAGAAAUAAUUAGUAUUAAUAUAGAGCAGGAAAAGUGUAACAAGACCACCACCGCCAGCAAAAACACUGAAAGGCUGUCCCUUGAAAACAAUAAUAAAACACACUCAAUAGAGUACAAGGCCAAUUCAGGUAAACUAAUUAAAGUCAAUGAAGAUGACCUCUGCAAGGAACCUGAAGUGCCUCAGCGGCUUCUGACGUUAAUAAAUCAGAUAGAAACCAAGGUGAAAAAUAAUAAAGUAUCGCAGAUUAGCGGAAUCUUGACAGAUGAUUUGAAGAAAACGUCUUCGGAUCUCGGGAUUUUUGGCCAUAGAUAUAGAUUAGCAUUCAAUAAAAAGGAAAACGGGGAUUAUGGUUAUUAUAAAGCAAGAGGGAAAGACAGUGUCAAAAUAAGGAUACCUAGUGAUUCUGAAUUGCCAGACUGGUUCAAGUCUCAACGAGAUUUGUGGGAAAAAGAAAACGUCCCAGAAGAACAUCAUUUUUAUAGGGAACAUAUUUUUACAUAG